AUGAAAACUAAGAGAAUAAAAACAACAAAUUCCGUGAAACCUGAUGAGUGUUGGGAACUUGUAUUCAUGUUCAUGUUCAUGGAUGAUGAGGACUACUAUGCUCUCUCCCUCGUCUCGAAACAGUUUCUCUCCAUCACCAACCGUCUUCGAUCCUCUCUCACUAUCAAACCCUACUACGAUCAAACAACCGAACAAGUUCUCCAUCUCAUUGGUAGAUUUCCCAACCUCACCUCCCUCAACUUUAUUGGCGGUGACGACAUCGACUACAUUCUCCCCCAACUCUCUACUUUCCCAUUUAGACUCACAUCACUCAAACUCUCACACAUGUCCACCAUUCCCGCCACUGGCUUAGUAACUUUCUCUUCUGCAACUUCUUCAACUUUAAACUCUCUCACAUGUUCCUACAUUGAUUUUCUCCAUUCCACUCACAUGUUCCUCAUUGGCGAUUGUUUCCCCAAGUUGAAGCGCAUUGAUUUGAGUCAUUGCAAUGACAUAUGUAUUUCUCUUCUUUUGAAGAAAUGUCGUAACAUUACACAUUUGAACUUAACUGCCUCUUCUAUUAUCCCGCUAAGUAGAAUUAUGAACUUUCAACUUCCUACUUUGGAGGUGUUGAAUUUGUCAUAUUCAACAGCUGACAAUCAAACACUUAACGUUCUUACAAAGACUUGUACUCGGAUUUUGCAACUGUCACUCGGAUAUUGUGAUCGUGUCACAGACAAGGGAGUCAAGAGUGUGCUACAAAACUGCAUACAACUCAGAGAGAUCAAUUUGAAAUAUUGUCAAAGAGUAGUUCAUCUUAAUGUCGACUCAAUGCUAUUAUUAAGGCCAUCAUUGACAAAGAUAAUGCUUCCAUACUUGCUGGCUUGGGUAGCUUAG